AAAUCAUAAUUUUCAGACACAUCAUUCUUUCAUUCAUCACCAUCAACCACUUUUAAACCUAUUUCCACCCUUUUCCUUUCUCCUCCCUCCGCGCUUUCCCUUCUUCUCCGAACCCUAGCUUUCCAUUUUCUCUCACUUUUGUUUCUUUCUCUUGGAUUUCGUUGCUCGCCCAAUGGAGUUUGGUGGUGGACGCAAGAGAGUGAGGCCCGAGGCUGCCUUGAACGGCAAUGGCGGCUUCAAGAAAUCCAAGCAAGAAAUGGAGUCCUUUCCAACUGGUAUAGGAAGCAAAUCAAAGCCAUGCACAAAGUUUUUCAGCACUUCUGGGUGCCAAUUUGGUGAGAGCUGCCACUUCUUGCAUUAUGUUCCGGGUGGCAUCAAAGCAGUGUCUCAGAUGCUCGGUAACAACCCAGCUCUUCCUGCCGCUGCCAGAAAUUCAGUAGUCCCACCAUCCUUUCCUGAUGGCUCAUCUCCUCCAGCUGUAAAGACCCGCCUGUGCAGCAAAUUCAGCACCCCUGAAGGUUGCAAGUUUGGUGAUAAAUGCCAUUUUGCUCAUGGCGAAUGGGAGCUUGGAAAGCGGACUGGUCCUCCUUACGAAGACCCUCGUUCCAUGGGACCAAUGCCUGGGAGGAUGGCUGGCAGAUUGGAGCCUCCCUCACCAGGUUUUGGUGCUGCAGCCAGCUUCGGAGCAUCUGCCACUGCCAAGAUCAGCAUUGAUGCAUCUCUUGCAGGAGCUAUUAUCGGGAAAAAUGGUGUGAACUCGAAGCAUAUUUGUAGGGUUACAGGAGCCAAACUUUCUAUAAGGGAGAAUGAAUCGGAUCCUAGUUCAAGGAACAUUGAGCUGGAGGGAACAUUUGAUCAGAUCAAGCAAGCCAGUGCAAUGGUUCACGAGCUGAUUAUAAAUGUUGGUUCGGCCUCUGGAAGUAGCAUGAAGAACACCGCUAAGAGUGGAUCCGGUUCAGGGAACAACUUUAAGACUAAGCUGUGCGAGAACUUUUCUAAAGGAUCCUGCACUUUUGGUGAAAGGUGCCACUUUGCGCAUGGGACAGAAGAAUUGCGCAAGCCAGGAAUGUAAAUUCCUCAAUAAUGUUGUUUUGUGUUAGGUAAUCACUCUUGCUUUAGCCGUUGGAUUAUAUUAUAAUUUUGGUGUAGCUGAUAAUGUCUUUUUGCCGGAUGCAAAGGUAGCUUGGAGUGCAACAAUUUUUUCUUCUAGGAUUUUUUUUUUCUUUCCUCUUUAUAUUUUAUGGAUAAUGAUUUUCUCUGUAUGAAUGAAUGUAUGCAUGUAUGGAUGGGCUCUAGAGGUGCCUAAUAUGAUUUUCUAACCUUACAUCUCAUUGUUUGAAACCAAA